AUGGAGCAAACCAAGGCCCUCAAUGCGCUUGAGCCCUUCCUCGCCCUGCACAAGAGCGCGACCUCUCCCAUCGCAGCCGCCGACCUGGUCACCCGCGCGACCUCUGCUCCUAACACGUACCUGUUCUCUGAACUCCUUCAUACCCCAGCAGUUCAAUCCCUCGCCUCCUCUCCCGAUCACGGCCCUUUCCUCACGCUUCUCCAAAUCUUCAGUUAUGGCACGUACGCCGACUAUCGGUCUACCGCGGGCCUCCCCAAGCUUAGCGAUGCACAGACUCUUAAGCUCCGGCAACUCUCCCUCCUUACCCUCGCCCGUGAUAGGCGGAACCUCACGUACGAGAAGCUCGCGGCGAACUUGGAGUUGGCAUCGCCGCGGGACCUCGAAAACCUCGUGGUAACUGCCGUGUACGCCGGUCUCCUCGACGCUACGCUUGAUCCACACCGUCAGGUCGUACAGGUCAACAGCAUUGCACCCCUAAGAGAUCUUGCCCCUGGCGCAAUCCCACCCAUCAUGGACAAGUUAGGUGCCUGGUCAGACAGAUGCGGCUCAACCCUCGCGGAGCUUGAGGCUGAGAUCCAAACCAUCAGAAACAAGGCUACUCAGCGCCAAAAAUUGCAGGAGCAUAACGAGAAGGAAGUUCAGAGACUCAUCGCUACAUUGAAAGAUCCCGGCUUAGAAGCCGGCGGGAAGAAGUCCGCCGCCGCAAAGGGUCUGCGCUUUGGGAAGAGAGGCCCGAUUGAUGAUGGUGUUGAGGAAGCUAUGGACGUCGAUAUCGACGAUGACGCUAGCGGCAAGGUUCGCUCGAGUCGGCGUAAGCUCUAG